AUGGACGCCAGUAGUGGGACACGAGCGGGGAGCAGCUGGAUGAUCGAGGAAGAGACGCAGACGGCUCGACGACGAAGGAACGGCCCGACACAGAAACGAUCGCCACGACUGGAUAUGGCAGGGAUCAAGUUUGGGACUGAGGCCUAUGUGGUGUAA